CCUGUCGGUAGGAUAGACCGGCACAUAAUCAUCAUGCAGGAUACAUUGUUGCGGCUGCAAUGACGUGCGAUUACGAAUAAGAAGAGGCGCUGCAGGUACGGCGAGAGAUUAUUUGGUUUCACACGUACCCCUAUAAAACCAAUUUCUCCCAUAAUGUCGGGCGGGGAUCUUCGCGUUCUUCGCCAAGAGCCAGGGCAGGAGAGCCCGAGGAUGCCGGCCUGGAAACGCGAGAUCCUUGAGCGGAGAAAGACGAAGGGCGGUGGGACCGGAGCAGGUGCCGAGUCCGUCGCAUCUCAAUUUAACGGCGAGGUAACGGCCAGCAAAAGCAAGGAUGAUAUUAGCAGCGCACAUUCUAGCAGGAACUAUACCAUUACCGCUGCCAAGCGCGCGAACAAAAGCCCGGAUCUGUCACCGGUGAAAACAAAAGAGCAUUGGCCAUCAGCUGACCCGAGCCGCACGGAGGAGAGAACUGCGAGAGACAACAGAGCUCAGGAGAGCCUGGUAUCACAAGAGAGCUUGGGUCCGCUGCAGGAAAACCCAUUCAUUAAACUAGAAAAAGAACGCAAGAAGCGUCAGCGCCAAGAGAACGCCGCGCGACCGGUUCAGCACAUCCUCGAGUUAUACGGCGGCGUUCCCGGGAUACGGACUAUACGCGCUGAGAAUAUCAUCAUUAUUGAAUCCGACCCGGAGUACUUCUCGGAAGGAUGUGGUUCGAAUCAUGCAUCGAAACUGCAGCAGAACGGCACGGUGAGCGGAUACAGCUCUCUCAGUGACCUGUUAGACCGGAGAGGUAGUCCGGUUACGGAGAUACGCGCGAAGGAAGUGGUCAUUUACGAUACUGCGCUUAGUAAAAGCGAGGAGAACCUCAGCACGCUGGGAAGACCCGCGUCCGCCCCGCUGGAGGGGCAAGGAAGGGUGAGUCGUAUGUUACAGAAAUUUGACAUGAAUUAUGGCAAGUUGCAGGCCAAGUCACGAAGCACGGAAAACCUCCUGGACUUAGACUCUAGUCCUGUCAGGCCAAGCUCCAGACCCACGCCAGAUGUGGUGCCAAAAUGCCCAGUGUCUCCACAAGCCAGAUCUCCACAGAGCAAGGUCUUCCAAAAUGUCCUGUCUUCCAUGGGCAACCAUCACACCUCUCCUAGUGACUCAGGGAGUAGUACACCCGUUUCCGGAUCCCCUCAGUUAGUGUCUUCAUGUAGACGUUUCGAGGGGAGCGGGGGAAGAAGUGUCACUGUGUAUCCAAAGGAGGACACUGAGAGGUCUUUGUCCAAGCCUGUUAGAGAACGGGACUGGGACAGCACAGAUGGGGCCUCUAAAGCCAAGGUGCCAUGCUCUCCGGAGAGCCACCAUGCUCGUGCCGACUGUACUCCUAGCCCCACAUCACCCCCCUUAUCACCCAGCUUUGAGAUCUGCCCGUCCCCUCGCCCUGAUCUUUCUCUCCUUCCGCCUGGGGAUCUACAGGCUCGUGCACUCGCCAACUUAAGACUCCAGUCUCGCAAUUCCUUCACCGUCAUUCCCAAGAGUCAUGCAGCCAUUUCGUCACCUGGCAGCACCGCCCCAUCCAGCCCUGUACUUUCCCCCCCAUCCCCACGACCCCUGGUGGGUGUGGCAGCUUCAGAGCCCGCAGUGCCAACCCCCUUGCCCGCUUCCUUCAUACCUUCCACACCAAAGCUUACAGAAAAGGUGACCAUAGAAGCCAAAACAGGGUCUCCACAACAUACCCCACCUGCCACACUCACCUCUCCAGCCCCAGCUUCUCCACCCUCAAUUGGCUCUCCCGUCAAAUCAGUCUCAUCUCCAAAGGAACCUCUGGUUGAUGAGCUGCCUAUCACAAACAUUGAUGACAUAGUCGUGGAGCCCACGCCACCCGUCCUGAGCCCUGCAGUGCAGAGGCGCAAAGGAAAUACGUUUACAAUUGUUCCGAAACGGAGGCCCGAGGCCCCGUCUGGCCCUGAUGAGACCCCAGAAGUCGUCGGUGAAUCUCCACACACACCACAGGCCCCUUAUGCCCAUCUGGGAACCCUGAUUAAAAAGCGUUACCCUGCUGCAGAGGAGAUUGAGGUCAUUGGGGGCUACCUCUCCCUUGGGCGAUCCUGUCUCUCGAAGACUGGCUCAACAGGAAAAAAGGUAUGAUAUUUAGCAUAAGAA